AUGACUGCCACCGACGUUGCGGCGCUUAAUCGCCAGCCGUUCACCCUCUAUAUGAUGGGCAUUCUGCUUUAUAUGGCAGUUGGUUCCCUCGCCUAUGGUUACGCCAGCGCCAUCAUUGGGACGACCCUGGGUCAGCCUUCCUUCUACGCCUACUUUCCUGUCCUCACUACAAGCCAGGGUGCAGGCUUGAUUGGGACCAUGAACGGCCUCUACUUUGCAGGGGGGUUCUUUGGUGUACUUUGCUAUCCCCUUGUGGCUGACAGAUUGGGACGAAAGAUGGCCAUCGCUGUGGCUCUCAUAAUCGUUACUAUAUCGGGAGCCUUCUUGGCUGGUAGCGUUCAUAUUGCAGAAUUCAUCGUCUUUCGCUUCAUCGCUGGCUUUGGAGCGUUUCCACUCAUCAUCGGCGUACCUACAUGGGCUGCUGAGAUUGCGCCUCCCAAGUACCGUGGAGCAGUGGUAGAAAUCCACGCCCUGGGCUACUGUCUAGGAUAUGCAGUUCAGGGUUGGAUUGGCUUGGGAUUCUACUUCUGGACCGAGCCCGUCGCAUGGAGAGUCCCCUUGGCCUUUCAAUCCAUAUUCCCCCUGUUCCUCCUUGGCGGCCUCUACUGGUUGCCUGAGAGUCCACGUUUUCUCAUGAUGAAAGGCCGCACUGAGGAAGCCAAGAAGAUUCUACUAAGAGUCCAUCAGAAGCCUAAAGAAGAACACAGUCUAUUCGUGGCCGCCGAGAUUCUUCAAAUCUCAAAGCAAAUUGAACUUGACCGUCAGAUGAGCGCUUCCUGGCUGGACUUGAUUAGGAAGCCCUCCAACAGGAAGCGUUGCCUACUCACAGCCGGCAUGACCUGGAGUAUUAGCAGCACUGGAGUCUUGGUCAUAAAUAACUACGGCCCAAUUAUCUACAAGAGCCUCAAUUUCAGCCCUGUAGAGCAGCUCCUUUAUCCAGCCGGUUGGUCCACCAUGACUUUUGGGAUCAACCUAUUUGUACCCUUCUACAUCGACCGUAUUGCCCGAAACAAGUUUGCUGCUGCGGGCGUAGGCGGCGCUGGUCUAUGUCUCGCCGUCUUCACCGCACUUAUAGCAGAGUAUCUUCCCACGAACAACACCUCAGGUUUGAAAGCUGCUGUUGGGAUGCUUUUUAUCUUCAACUUCUUCAUUGCGGCAUUUCUUGAAGGGAUCCAAUACGCCUUUUUCAGUGAAAUUUGGCCAAACCAUCUUAGAGCGAAAGGCAUGAGUUUUGCUUUUGCGAACUUUUGCGUCUCAUGCAUCCUCUGGCUCCAAAUUGCUCCCACUGCCUUCGACAACAUCCACUGGAGAUACUAUAUCGUGUUCAUUGUCAUUUCUUGCGUCAUGGCUGUUGUCAUGUGGUUCUUCUAUCCCAACACCAGAGGAAUGCCACUAGAAGAAGUUGCUCAACUCUUUGGUGAUGCUGAAGAUGUAGCUGUUUAUCAGCGUGAGCUUGCAGCUGUCGGGGAUUUGAGUGCGCUGGAAGACACAGUCAUAUACACCUCUGAUCAUUUGGCGGAAGAGAAACAUCAAGGCGUGCAUGCAGAAGUGGAGAACGAUGGUAGCCAACGAGGAGAUACAAGGCCAGCUACACUUGUGUAA